ACAAUUUCUGCAGCCUCUUUCAGUCUUCCUAUCCAAUCCAGAAAAUAAUUUUCAACUCAUUUUCCCUUAACCCAGUACAAACUUUCUGGGCAUGAAAAUGGCUGCUCAUACUCUCUCAACGCCAGCAACUACUCCACCUGGAAUUUCCCCACAGAAUUGGAAGCACACCAACCACUUUUUUACAGCCCAAAACAUGUUAAAAUCACAGAGUCACACACUACAGGGUCCAUGGCUGGGCUGCACAAGCAGAAUAUCGGUCCAUUCCUCUAAUCUCAGACCCUUUAUCCAAAGACAUCGACCCAUUAAAGCCACUGUCAUUUUUAGCCUGCCCACUUCGAAUCCUGAGAGGGUUGCUUCAGCUGAGAAAGUUCCCAAAUGGUCAGCGAAGGCAAUAAAGUCAUUUGUAAUGUCUGAAUUGGAAGCUAGGAAGCUCAAGUAUCCAACUACUGGGACUGCAGCUCUUCUUAUGGGAAUCUUAAUUGAGGGAACAAAUUUUGCUUCAAAAUUUUUGCGGGCAAAUGGAAUUACACUUUCGAAAGUUCGUGAAGAAACUGUAAAGCUACUUGGAAAGGCAGAUAUGUAUUUUUUCAGUCCUGAGCAUCCUCCUUUGACUGAAGAUGCUCAAAGAGCCCUUGAUUGGGCUGUCGAUGAAAGCUCAAAUCUGAAAAUGGAAUGUCUAUGCUUUUCUAUACUCUCAGGGAACAUGCAUGUGAAUGCAGGUGACGAUCGGGAAGUUACAACUGCUCACUUGCUACUUGGAGUGUGGUCACAAGACGAAUCACCAGGGCACAAGAUAUUGGCUGCUUUUGGCUUUAAUGAUGAGAAAGCUCAAGAGCUGAAAUCUGUAAUUUCUGAACCUGGAUUUAUAGACGAUUAAUAGCUUUUGGAUUUAAUUGUUGCAAUUGAUAUCAUUUUUAGGCCUGAAAACUACAUGAAUGAAUUAUUUCAUGCGAUUAUCAAAGAAAUGGUUACACAUUUUUAGAGGACAAGUUGAUUCCA